AUGGCGAAAGUGCACUUGUCCCUUUUCACUAUUAUCUUCUUCUCCUUCUGCCUAUCAUGGGUGGCAGCGGCGCCAUCCAGCAUACGCAAGCGUUCCUUCAAGGUUGAGCGCGUCAGGAACGCAAACCUUAAAGCCCGCAAUGGGCCAAGGGAGCUGCUGAAAGCCUACCGGAAGUUCAGCAUGCCCCUCCCCCCAGCUUUGCUCGAUGCCGUGAGGAACGGGGGGAACGCUGCCGUCGGGGCCGCGGACGUCCAGACCAAGGCGAAGGGCACCGGGGCGACCAAGCCCAACAUUCUUAAGGGGCUUGGCAGCCUAGACUUGAACGCCAACGCCACGGCCACAAAUUCGACGGGCAUCGGGAAGGUGACGGCAACCCCCGAGCAGGGCGACAUCGAAUACCUUGCUCCGGUCACCAUUGGCGGCCAGACGCUCGACCUCGACUUUGACACAGGCUCGUCGGAUCUUUGGGUGUUCAACACACAGCUGUCGUCCGUGGCCUCGGAUGGACACCAGCUCUACAACCCUCUCCAGUCAAAGACCUUCAAGAUGCUCAAGGGUGCCUCCUUCUCUAUCCAGUAUGGUGACGAAUCCGGCGCAUCUGGCAACGUCGGCACCGACACGGUCGACAUUGGCGGAGUCACGGUGCCCAACCAGGCAAUCGAGAUGGCAACAAAGGUCACAACCUCGUUCACCGAGGACGUGGACAGCAACGGCCUCGUCGGGCUCGCCUUUUCCAAGCUCAACACCGUCAAGCCCCAGCAGCAAAAGACAUUCUUCGACAACGUGCUUCCGUCGCUCGCCGAGCCGCUCUUCACGGCCGACCUCCGCAGCAACGCCGUCGGCGCGUACGAGUUUGGCCGCAUCGACACGACCAAGUUCACGGGCGACCUGACAUGGAUCCCCGUCAAUACGUCGGUGGGGUUCUGGCAGUUCUCCACGUCGUCCUUCUCGGUCGGGGACGCCACCAGCCCGCAAGCCUUGGCCACGGGCCAGGCUAUUGCCGACACGGGCACCACGCUCAUGCUCGUCUCCCCCGAGGUGGCCGCGGGCUACUACAGCCAGGUCGAGGGCGCCGUCGAGAGCCAGUCCCUCGGCGGCAUCGUGUUCCCGUGCACCGCCGAGCUGCCGGAUCUGUUCGUCGACGUCGGCGGCGUGUACACGGCGAGGAUCAAGGGCGAGGACAUCAACUUUGCGCAGGUCGCGUCGAAGACCUGCUUUGGUGGAGUCCAGCCCACGCAGGGCGACCUGCAGAUCUGGGGCGACAUCUUCUUCAAGUCGCAGUUCGUCGUCUUCAACGGCGGCAACAACACUCUGGCCAUGGCCGAGCACGUGUGA